GCGGAGACGCAGAGCGGCAGCGGCAGCAUGUCGGCCGGCGGAGCGCCAGUCCCGCCGCCCCCGAAUCCCGCCGUGUCCUUCCCGGCGCCCCGGAUCACUCUGCCCGCCGGCCCGGACAUCCUGCGGACCUACUCGGGUGCCUUCGUCUGCCUGGAGAUUCUGUUCGGGGGACUCGUCUGGAUUUUGGUCGCCUCCUCCAACGUUCCUCUACCUCUGCUACAAGGAUGGGUCAUGUUCGUGUCUGUGACGGCUUUUAUCUUUUCCCUCCUCUUCCUGGGCGUGUUCCUCUCUGGCAUGGUGACUCAGAUUGAUGCCAACUGGAACUUCCUGGAUUUUGUGUACCAUUUUAUAGUGUUUGUCUUCUACUUCGGAGCCUUUCUCCUGGAAGCGGCAACCACAUCCCUGCAUGAUCUGCGCUGCAAUAUGACCAUGACUGUGUCACCGCUCUUGAGUGAUAACCAGUAUAACAUAAAUGUAGCAGCCACAAUUUUUGCCUUUGUGACAACAGCUUGUUAUGGUUGCAGUUUGGGUCUGGCUUUACGAAGAUGGCGACCGUAACACUCCUUAGAAACUAACGGUCUGUGUUGGUUUCAUUUGUCAACUUUAUGUGUCUGAUCAACUUGGAUACCAUUUUGUCCAGAUAGAACAACAUUCCAAAAGAAACUUGUUGAGUAUAUGGAGAGAAUUUAAGUACAAGUUUUGGUUCAUUUCAUAGAUGGAAUUUUAAUUUUAUUAUGAUGUUAAAUAGAGAAAUGGCCUUUAAUUUUACAUCUGUCUCUUUUUUAAAGAAAAUUUUCCUUUAUAUCCAUAAAGUAUACAGAUAUUGCUCAUGAAAAAGGGGUAUCUCUUUUGUUUAAUUGCUGAGUCACUUAAACCUUAAUUUUAAUAGGUAACUGAAAUUUCCGUAAAAAACAAAAAAUGAAAAGCAAAAACAAACUAUGUUUUAAAUAGCCUUCCCCCCUGAACUGUUUUAAUGUAAAACAGAGAUUGGCACCCUUUUUCUAUAAAGGUCCAGAUGGUAAAUAUUUUAGGCUUUGUGGGCCAUACGGUCUCUGUUGCAACAGUUCAACCCUGCUGUUACUUUGUGAAAGCAGCCAUAGGCAAUACGCAAAUGAACGAGUGAGCCUGUGUCCCAAUAAAACUUUAUUCAGGAAGACAGGAAGCAGGCUGGAUUUGGCCUGUGGGCUGUAGGUUAUAGUUUGCCGACCUCUGGUGUAACACCUUAGUUAUAUUUUACGUGUUUUAUUGAACUGAUCCUGAAGGGUAUAAAACGAGAGAAGUCAUAUAAUAUUUAGCCUCAUUAUGCAAUAAUCACGUUGCCUUUGUGUUGAUGGUCAAGUACUUACCCCUGAAGUGGUGGAUAGUUUUUCAGGCUAAUUCAAGCAGAGUGUUGGGUACAGGAAAAAGUAAUUUAUGAAGUAAAUCUUAGUUGCUUAAUCAAACUAAGGGUCUCUUACCAACUGAGCAAACCUCUCAUCCGGCAUCCUUAAAAUGAAAUCCCCAGAGACCAUUCACCACUACUGGAACUGGUAUCUAGCUACUUAUGUCUUACUUUGGAUUUAUUUAUGCUUCAGAAUACAGCUGUUUGUCCUGUGCAUGAACAUAUGAAUAUUUGUGUGUGGAUAUAUGAGGCUUUGCCAACUAGAGCUUCCCUGAAGAGUUAACUUUUUACUUCUAAUCAUUUCACGUUACUUUCUCAGUUAACUUUGAAUAGAGUAUUAGAUAUAACUUAGAGUUGAAGCUUCUUACAUGUUUUAACAAUAGCGCCAUUGUUUCGCAUUGGUAACAACAGCCCAUCCUACAAACUUGUCUCUGGCUGAAUUGCACAAAAAAUAUUUUAACGCAUCUGGCUAGAGACCCUGGUUGUGGAAAGGUGCCAAAAAAUGGCUUGAAUGGGAGAACAAGUGAGAGUUAGGUUCCAGCUCCCACUACAAUGUCCAAACAGGAUACUUAUCUCCUGCCUCAGGCGGGCUUCCUCUGGGAAAAGAGGGCUUUGACCAUCCAAAACCUUCAGCCCUUUGCUUUCAUUGGCUGAGUCAUCCCCUAAGAGUGCCCUGUCUAAGUUGUGCUAUUAGAUGUCAUAGAACGUAGAACAAUCCCGAAUGAGUCACAUGAUCAAUGCUCAGUGAUCAGAUGCUAUUUAUAUAAUAAUCACCUAGAAAGAAGAAUCUUAUCAGAGUUUGGUUUGUGAUAUAAAGACGUGUUUCAAUAUAUGGCAAGAAGAAAUCAGUCUAAGACUUUAUACUCACGUCCUGUCUUUUCUAUAAUAUCUGACUUCCUUGGUUUUUCUAGCUUCAUACCACACACUUAAACCUGUAUUAUGAAUUGUAUAUUACAAAGUCAUAAAUGUGCCAUAAGGAUAUAUAGUUCAUUCAAGUUGGAAUCAAGUUGGUAUAGUUCAUUCAAGUUGGAAUCUAGUCUGCUAGAUUUAGUUGUGAGAUUUUAUUUUUGUUUCCAAAGUAUAACAGGUCUGUGCUUGGUGGCAUUAAAUUAAAUGAUUUCAUGAAAUGGCUUUAGUGGCACUUUUAUAAAUGGAUUGCCUCUAGAUCAUUAAGAACCAAGCCUAAAACUCAUCUGACUGUGAAUACUUAAUAUUUGUAGAUUAAUUGUGCUCUGGGUUUGUGAAUUGAGUGACAAAGCACUUGAACAAAAAUUACAGCAUUUGAGAAUUUCUUUAUAUAUGCUGUAGAAAUGAGAAAGUGUUGGUUUUAAAAUCUGGUAACUCCAUGAUGAAAAGAAAUUUAUUUUAUAAGUGUUAUGACUCUAAUAAAGUAUUCAUUUGAUAAUCUU